GUGUUUAAUCUCGACUACGGUGGUCCGUUACCUGGGCUCUACUGUUUUCGUCAUCUGGCGUCGUACAAAAUUCUUGUUUGUGGUGGAGAUGGCACGGUCGGAUGGGUCUUAUCCUGUCUGGAUAUUGUCGGUCAGGAUGCCGCAUGCAACUCGCCCGCGAUUGCCCCAUUGCCUCUUGGAACAGGUAACGAUCUGGCACGGGUGUUACGCUGGGGUUCUGGGUAUUCGUCAGCCGAGGAUCCGUUGGCCAUUCUGAAGGAUGUGGUAGCUGCAGAGGAAGUUCAAUUGGACCGGUGGACAUUUGUCGUGCGCCCGGAUGAGGAAUUCAAGGAUGAGACCAAAUUGGCACUGGAAUUGCAAACGAACGCGUCGAAUACGAACGAAGACAAUUCCAUCAUGAUCAUCAUGAACAAUUAUUUCGGGAUCGGAAUCGAUGCCGACCUUUCUCUGGACUUUCACAACGCGCGUUCCGAGAAUCCGUCCAAAUUCAAUAGUCGGUUAGUGUCCUGA